AUGUUAUAUUGUACCCUUCAGGUUGCCAUGUUAUCUACUUGUUUUGUUUUCUUCGUCGCAACUGCUCACGGAGCUUUGAUUGUCGACUACCAUGCCCCGGGCGAUGAUGACAAAUUGGACAGGAACAGAAGACAGCAACUAGACAUGGAGAACGAUUUCAUUCCUGAGCCAAGUGGUCUUCCAGAAUUUUGUGACUUCGGUGAAGGUAGAUUAUUAAAGCUCUGCACUUGGUCCAACCCUCCCAACGUACCCUCAAACCUUCUGUGGAAAACUGGUCGGGGGUCUACGUCCAACUGGCUAGGUGGACCACGAACUGACCACACAGGUGCCAACGCUAACG